AGAAAAGGGAGGUUCGUACCCCCCGAGACAACGUGGAAGCACCACGAAACAGUCUCGGCUGCUCGAGACUCGCUAAACUAACAGUCGUGGCUUUUUCUUUGGCUUCCGAUGGCCCACAACUGCUCAACACCAAUUUACGUCAUUGAUCUCUUCGAUUUACGGUAUGUAACACUCCUCUUCUCUCCUAGUGACGUUCCUGCAAGGUCAUGACUUUUAGCGAAUAUUUUCCCUUCGUUUCACCCUCUCAUAAUGCUUGUUUGCACAUCAUACUUUCAACGGUCUGCUCUAGACCACAUACGAGAUCCGGUCAGAUCCAUCCUGGUGAGCUUGUAACCUUUGCAUCAGCGCAACUAGACUAUUUCGGCACCAACUGACCACUGAGAGCUCAUCACAGACUCUUGUCUAGUCUAGAUUGCCAUCGGCAAUUUCUUUUGGUAUCUGAGAUCAGCCUGGGUGUUUUGGUACUUCAGACUCAUGAAUAGGUCUAGACUACAAGAACCUCGGUUGCUCCUAUAAGGAGAUGUAUUGGAAAAAACUCCUUCCUUCCUGCUGUUCCCGC